UCAUUGUAUCAGUUAUCAUUCAAGGUCUCUGAUAAUAAAAAAAAACUUUAUUAUUAUAUUUAUUAAAUAAUUUAGGUAAUAUUUGCUUCUUUUAUAUAGACAAGACAUAUUAAAUUAGCAUCUUAAAAUUAAUUACCAUUAUGCCUUUGGAAUGGUUGUUUGGACGUCGGAUGACCCCUGAUGAAAUGUUAAGAAAGAAUCAACGUGCACUUACAAAAGCUAUGCGAGACUUAGAUCGUGAAAAUGCAAGAAUGGAACAACAAGAAAAAAAGAUAAUAAUGGAUAUUAAAAAAAUGGCAAAAGAUGGACAAAUGGAAUCAGUAAAAAUCAUGGCAAGAGACUUAGUUCGAACAAGACGGUAUCAAAAAAAGUUUAUGGUCAUGAAGGCAAACAUACAAGCAGUUUCAUUGAAAAUUCAAACUCUUAAAUCGCAAAAUGCUAUGGGUCAAGCUAUGAAAGGUGUAACUAAAGCUAUGCAAAACAUGAAUAGACAACUUAAUUUACCCCAAAUUCAAAGAAUACUUCAAGAAUUUGAAAAACAAUCUGAAGUAAUGGAUAUGAAAGAAGAAGUUAUGAAUGAUGCAAUGGAUGACGCUAUGGAUGAUGAAGCAGAUGAAGAAGAAACUGAUCAAAUUGUGACUCAAGUACUAGAUGAAUUAGGCCUUCAACUUACAGAUCAGCUGUCUGGGCUUCCAACAGCAUCUGGUUCUAUUAGUAUUGCUACAACAGGGAAAGUACCUGUUGUUGCCCAAGACGGAGGAGGAGCAGCACCAGCUCAACCUCAUGAUGCGGAUGCAGACUUACAAGCUAGAUUAGAUAAUCUAAGGCGCAAAUAGAAUUUUUCACUAUAUUAUAAUUUUCAAGACACUUCUUUAAACAUAACAUUGUAUUAAUAUUUAAAUAUAUAUUUUUUAAAAAAUAUCAAAGAAAAAAGUACUUGUUUGGUACUUAAUUGAAUGUUUAUAUUAUUAUGUAAGAUUAAAAUGUGAUUUAGAGUUAUAUAUUAAUACUAAGCUUUAGCAAGAGAAUAUUCCACUUUUUUUAUAAGGGGUAUUUAAUUUUAAAGCUUAUACCAAAUGUUUUAUAAAAUAAUGUUUUAAUAAUAUUGUAGGUAUAUAUAA